UCAAUUACUUCCUCUGCACUGAAGCAGGUUGGAAGAUGAAAGACAGUAGUUCUUUUGUUGUUUGUUUUUGGCACAAUUAACAAUUUAGUGUCUGCAGUUUGCCUAGUACUUAUGAUUUGCUAUGUUUAGAAAUAUGUAUAAAUGCUGUCUGAAACUGUACAUAAUAGUCCAAACGAUUUAAAUAUUGCCUUAAAAUGUCACUAAUUAGUUUUACAGAUGUGCUAAAUUCACUUUCUAGGGAAAAGGUGCACACUUUUACCUUUUCAUUACCUAGCUGGUUUAAAUAGGCCUGGAGUCAGAACAGGGUUUAUAGAGUCAAUGCAAUUUAAAGCAUAUAAUUCCAACUGAAUAUGGUACAAUUACGAUCCCAAACUAAAGAUGCUGAAAACGAACCCUUGAGGGUGCCACCCCAGCAACAGUUUAGUACCAUUUUUCCCUGAGAGUUCAUAAUGAACGAUUAAUGCUCUUUUAACAUGGGUUUGCAGAAUUUUUAUUAUCUUUGUAAAGGUAAGGUUCUUCAGACAUUCAGUUAAAGCAGAUGUAAAAUUUAAAAAAUGUCUUUUUAUGCUGUUUUUUAUCAUAAUCCAGCAGUUGAUUUCUUGAUUUACUGAAUAGCAAAGUCAAACAGCCGUAACCGUGCAAGUCUUUUAAAUAGCAAGAUGUUAGAGAGACAGGGACUUCUUAUAAGAUGCCGUUCCUGUCUGCCCACUUUAUCUUUUUCUGUUUCCUUUCCAUUUUCUGCUCUUUUAGAUCCCUCACUUCACCUGCUUUUAACUCCGUUAUGGCAUGUCUGUUGACGAAACUCCCUCAUGCAUUUAAGGAUCCCAGUGACGAAGUCUUCAAGAGAUCAGAGGAACCAAGAGAGACUGCCGUACCAAAGAGCUAACCAUUACCAACGCCUCCACAGUCUCUCUCUCUCUCGCUCUCUCUCGCUCUCUACUCAUAUGUGUACACACAGACAUACACACUCGCAUACACACACAAACAUGCAUCUCUUGUCCUAUGUGACAGCACUCCGACCGCUUUAAGACCUGGACUGAAGGUUUAAAUUGACAGACUCACUUCCAGUUUGCACCAGAAGUUCCUCUGGAUAUUUGUCCACCACUUCUGAGCGUUGAUUGGUCUAAGAGGUGGGGAAGUCACCGAAGAGACAGAGAACUGAAAUAUUUGAGCUUCUAUGAUGACUCUCCUGUGAAUACUCCAGCUUGGCAACAACAGAGCUUUUAAGCUGCCUGAUGCUCUCUCCGCCACAAACUUGCCCACAGAUCAUGGCAGACCACUCUUCCAUCCAUCCUUCUGAGUCUCUAGCCUUCCCUGCUACGUACCGCUUUCAGGCGCAAGGUCACAGGUCAAGCCACAGCCUUUUUCAGAACAGUUCUAUGGGCAGAUUAAGCCAGUAUGGGGACAGCAGUAACCUCUUGUGUGAGCCCGUCAACAGCUGUGCAACCGCUGGAACCAGCAUGAACGGAGUCGACGAACAGAUCAACUCGGGAUACUGGGAUAUGGAGUCUUCAGUGUCAUCUCACUCUCUUGCACUGAACAGAACCAAAGCCCACACUGGAGCAUAUGAAGAGGAAUGGAAUUCUAAUUCCCAGCAACAGGAUGCAAUGGAGGAUUAUGGUGCCACGGUUGGGAACCAUCAGAAACUCGACUCCUUUUCCGAGGCAUUUUACAGCCGAAGCGUUUGCAGGAUUACCAACAGCAGUGGUGAACAGGGAGGAUACAGUAUUGCUCCCAACAACUCUUCGACUCCUCCUCUCCCCUCUCUUUCCUUCCCUCUGGUUCUCAGUCCUCCUCCUACACCUCUGCCUCCCCCUUCGCUCUCAACUUUCUCUCCGGCCCACUGGCUCCCACUUUCCACUGAUGCCGGUGCAAGUGGAGACAUAACACAGCACCUUGCUCAGGAUCCAAGCCCAUCCUCAAUCUAUCCAGAAGGGGUGGGGCUUCAUCUAAGGCAGCUGAGUACUACGCACAGAGACACAGAUGGUUCUCUUGAGACGUCUCCAUGCUCACCUCUGGGCCAGCAUCCACAACCACAGUCUGUUCCAAAGCUGGUGGAGCAUGACCCUAUAACCUCUGAAGAUCACAUGACAUGGUCUCAGACAGUUCAGUCUUCUCAACCUUUUUGUCCGCCACUCCAUCAAACACAUACACAGGCAGAAGGGCCGAGGGUGGACGAGGAUACAAAGCCCAAUUCUGUACUCCAGCGAAAGCAUUUUUUUUGUUUGUCCAGCUCACAGAACACUCCCUCUGUUAUCUACACUGGAGUUCCUUUCCACAGUGUCCUCCAGUCAGGAGUACUGGGGGAUGAGUAUUGGCAUGCCAACCCCCGUUAUACUCCCCCUCCAAUGCUUAAUCCCAACCGGAAUGGAACAGGUCUCUUCUGCAACCUUCUGCCUCUGCUGGACAGUAGAGGAUUGUGGUCAGAGGAAACAAGGCACAAUGGUCAACAAAGGUACGUAAACAUAGGGCCAGAGUUUCAGGCCAACUUACCAGAUCUGCUGGAGAGGGAGGAGCUUGAGGAGUGGCCAGAAGAACCAUUGCGGGAAGAGUUACUUUGGAAACCAUGGGCAGAGUUAGAAGAAAGUGAUGUCAUCCAAGAGCACGUUGAAAAUCUACUAGAUCUCAGCACAUCUACUGCUUUACCUGGAGGUGGCGCUAAUCUGGAGUUUGCCCUUCACAGUCUCUCCUUGUGCCAAGGCAACAUAAUGGGUGCUUUGGAGAUGAUGUUUUUCUCCAACUCUACACCUUCAAGAGACUACCAUUAUGCCGGCAGCGACGUGUGGCGUUUGAGUGAACAAAAGCUGUUCCAUAAGGCUUUUGCCAUGUAUGGCAAAGAUUUCUCAUUCAUUCACAAAAUGGUAAAGACAAAGCAGAUAUCACAGUGUGUGGAAUUCUACUAUCAUUCCAAGCGUCUACAAGAAAAACAGAGGAAGCAGAAGGAGAGAGAGAAAGAACAGCAGCAGCAGAUGGAUGCUGAAACUACUUUUACUUCCACUAGCCAAGUUGUGAUGCCAACCAAGAUAAUGAUGAAUCCUAUAAAUAUGGAAAGGCUAAUUCAUACACCUUCCCUGGCUACAAGCUUCCCAUGUAAACAAUGUGGAAAAAUGUUCUACAAGAUCAAAAGCAGAAAUGCCCACAUGAAGAUCCAUCGGCAGCAGCAGGAGGACUGGAGGGAAAGAAUCCACCCCAACAACCACCACAACUUAACUCAGGCCCUGCAGAACCAGAACCGAACCCUGACCCAUGCUAAUCAGCUUGUUACACAGAAUCAUCAAACCCAGCUCUUAACCCAGAGUUUGAUCCAGAACCUGGUGCAGUCGCAGGCCCAGCUGGCAUUCCUCCAGAACUCCAAGACACAGAGUGCAUGUUUCACCACUGCCAUCAGUAGCAUGGGCCCCACACAAAGCCCACAGACAGCACCCAAAGCCCCAACACUGCCACUUUAUACUGGGCACCAACAGGCUUGGGGUGCCUUGCAUGGUAAUUUAGAGCAAAGUCUCUAUUAUAACUAACAAAAGAGCUGGUGGGGGUUAUGUUAAACUUCUACAGCCAUGAUUGGAUUACUGACAGACUUGAAUUGAGAAAGAAACUUUUCAGGCAUAAUACAAACAGAGUAGGACUGACCUGUACAGCUUAACUUUGUAAAUAAGUGAAUUUUUUAAA